GUCAUCGCCGUGGUUGCUGUCGUCAUUCUCCGUUGCCCUUUUGAUCUCGAGGGCUGGGGCAUGUGCAGGCACCACUGCGUGCACGCGUGCGGCUGCAAUGAGCUUGAGCCAGAAGGAAGUGCAGGAGCUGAAGGAGCAGUUCCAAUUGUUCGAUACGGAUGGAAGUGGCUACAUAUCCUGGAAGGAGCUUGGGCACAUGUUGCGCGCAUUGGGUUCAAACCCCACGGAGGCAGAACUGAAAAAGAUGAUAGCGAAACACGACAGGGAUGGAAGCAGGGGGCUCGAUUUCACAGAGUACCUAAAGAUGGUGACGCCCCAUAUCCAACAGAAAGGAAAGGACGACACUAAAGAGUUGGAGGACGCUUUCAGAGUCCUGGAUGCCAACAAUAGCGGGUCCAUCAGCUGCAGGGAACUGAAAAAGAAAUUGACCACGCGUGGUGAAGCGCUGACAGAAGACGAAGUCGAGGAGGUCUUCAGACUUGCCGAUGCCGAUGGCGACGGGCACCUGGAUCUUCGAGAGUUCAAGAGGCUGAUGAGGUAUGGCAGGUGACCUUGUUGUGCUCGCCUUGUGUCUUCUGCGGUGCUUCUACGAUGACGCGGCCAGGUAGAUUUUCCGUUGUUAGCGCUGAUACAGAACCACUGGUUCCGAUAUCGCGCGCUAAUCGAGCUACCAGGGUCACGCGACUGUUGCAAAACCCCCCUGCGCUUGCAAUCUGUUGGCAGAUCAUUCCAAGUAAGUUUGUCUAGAAGUGUUCCUAUAUUAGAGGCGUGCGACACCAUUGCAUCGACCUGAAGAGGAGGGGAUUCGUGACGCUUUCCUGGGUUGUUCAAGUGCUCUGGACACAGCCGUAUAUCAUGUACAUUAUAUCGAAGACGCCUACGGCGAGUCACCGCCGCCCCCUGCC